AUGGAGUAUAGAGCACCAAUAUAACCAAAUAGAGAUAUUCCUUAAUAAAUUGCAUAAAUUCAAUAAGAUUAAAGAAUGAAAUUUCAAUUAAAAUAAAUUUAGGCUAGAAUAAUUGAAGAAAGACCAAAUUUUUAAGAAAUGUAAGGUGGACAACCUCCUAAUAAACCAUGGUUAGGUGAAGAUAUUUAUAUGAUUGUGUUUUUACUUAGUGUAGAGAAUGAUAGAUUAAGAGAAGAAAAUACUUAAGUCUAAUAAUUACUAAAUAAUAGUGAAAUGAGAUAUAAAGGUGUAGAUUUAGUUGAAAAUGAAGUUAUAUCUCAAAGAAUAAAAAUUGGAGAAUAUGAAAAGAAACUUGCUCUAUUAUAAAUGGAAUGUGAAUAAUGGAGAGUUAAAUAUUAAAAUAGAGAUAAAGAAAGUGAAGAUUAAAGAUAUUAAAAUGAACUAUCAAAAAGAAUAUAAAUUGAUAGAGAAAUACGAGAACUUACAGCUAGAUUCAUUUCUGAUAGAAAUCAAUUAGAAUAAGAAAAUAGAUCAUUAAGAAUUGAAUUAGAUUAAAAUAAAUUAACCAAAUAUUCCUUCGAUGAUCAUAAAAAAUAAAUUGAUUCUUUAACUAAAGAAAACUAAAAACUUAAAUAAGAAUUAGAUACUCUCAAGUAUAUUAUAUAUACAUAUUAUUCUUUAGAAAAGGUUUUGAUGAAUUAGAAUAUGUUUUAUAAACUGCAGGUGAUUUAGAAUAAGAAAAUUAAUAACUUAAAAUUUAAAUUGAAACACUUUAGAAAUAAAUCUAAUAAUUACAAUUACAACAACAACAAUCUCAAGUCAUUUAAAGGCCAUAAUCAUCUCAUAGAAAUGAAUUAUGUAAAUUAAUCAAUUAUACUCUCUAGCAAAUUCUAAUUAUAAUGUUUUAUAAGAAAAUAAGAGAUUAAAAGAUGAAAUUGAUAGAUUAAGAACAUUACUUAAUUUAGGAACUGGUACCUAUUCAAAACCAUUUAUGUGA